GCACAGAAGAACCGCGCUGGCGGCAGAACCCUCCGUCAUGAAUCCAGAAGAACAAAUUGUAACGUGGCUUAUUUCAUUAGGGGUUUUAAAUUCCCCGAAGAAAAUCGUAGAUGAUCCAGAGGAGUUCCUGAAAGCUUCGCUGAAAGAUGGAACCGUGCUUUGUAAACUCAUGAAUCGCCUUCUUCCAGGAUCUGCAGAAAAGUAUUGCCUGGAGCCUAAGAAUGAAGCUGAUUGCAUCAGUAAUAUUCAAGAGUUCUUGAAAGGCUGCGUGCUCCUUAAAGUGGAGGUGUUUGAGCCACAUGAUUUGUACACCGGAGAACAGUUCUCCAAGGUCCUGAGUACAUUAACAGCUGUAAAUAAAGCUACUGAAGCAGAUCAGCCGUCACAAGGGCCAUGUGCACAUCCAUUGUCCCUUAGCUCUGCGGCAGGAGGUGCCCACACCGACUCCAACGGCACAGCUUCACAGUCAGCGGGGCUGGUACGGAGGCAGUCCAAGCCUGUGGAGAUGACUGAGAAUGGCAGUCACCAGCUGGUGGUAAAGGCCAGGUUCAAUUUUAAACAGACCAAUGAGGAUGAACUCUCCGUUAACAAAGGAGACAUUAUUUAUGUCACCCGGGUUGAAGAAGGGGGCUGGUGGGAAGGAACCUUGAAUGGAAAAACAGGCUGGUUCCCAAGCAACUACGUCAGAGAAAUCAAAUCCACUGAUAAACCACUCUCUCCCAAAGCAUUAAAAGGACUUGAAAGCGCUCAGCUGACAAAGAAUUAUUACCCUGUGGUGUUGCAAAAUAUUCUGGAAACAGAACGAGAUUAUGCGAAGGAACUACAGUCACUUCUGGGAACUUACUUAAGACCCCUCCAGUCUUAUGAUAAGCUCAGCGCCGUGGACAUCGCGUCAUUGCUGGGAAACGUGGAGGAAAUCUCUGCCUUUCAGCAAACACUGAACCAAGCCUUGGAAGAAGUUGCAAAGCUCCCUGAGAACCAGCAGCGUGUGGGAGGCUGUUUCAUGAACCUGAUGCCCCAGUUCCGCUCCCUGUAUCUGACCUACUGUGCCAACCACCCGUCUGCUGUCAAUGUCCUCACACAACACAGUGAUGAGCUGGAGAAGUUCAUGGAGAGCCAGGGUGCGGCCAACCCGGGCAUUCUCAUCUUAACCACGAGCCUCAGCAAACCCUUCCUGAGGCUGGAUAAGUACGUGACACUGCUGCAGGAGCUCGAGCGGCACAUGGAGGAGGCGCAUGCAGAUCAUGAAGAGGUUUUGAAAGCCAUCGCAUCCUUCAAGUCCCUCGUGUUGCAGUGCCAGGAGCUAAGGAAGAGAAAACAGCUUGAACUGCAGAUCCUUUCGGAAUCCAUCCAGCGCUGGGAGGGAGAGGACAUAAAAACGAUGGGGAACAUCAUCUACAUGUCCCAGGUUAUGGUGCAGUGUGGGGGAAGUGAGGAGAAGGAAGAGCGAUAUUUCUUGUUGUUUUCAAACGUUUUGCUGAUGCUGUCUGCAAGCCCACGGAUGAGUGGGUUCAUCUAUCAGGGAAAGCUGCCGCUGACGGGAAUGACGCUGACAAAGCUGGAGGAUGCUGAAGGGAACGAGCACGUGUUUGAAAUUGCAGGGAACAUGACGGAGAAGAUCACCGUGUCCUGCAGCACCAGCCAGGACUUGCAGGAAUGGCUUGAGCACUUGCAGAGGCUGACCAAAGGCACGUGCAACACCAUCACCAAGACGCAGUCCUGGAGCGCUCAUUCGACUUUUAGUUCAACUGGCCAGAUCCGUGGGCCUCUGGAACCCCCCAAAAUCCUCAAGCCCUGGAGCCUGAGCUGCCUCCGUCCUGCCCCUCCACUCAGACCAUCGGCAGCGCUGAGUUACAAAGAGAGGAUGUCUUAUAUCUUAAAGGAUUCCAGCAAAAGUCCCAAAACAAUGAAGAAAUUCCUUCCAAAAAGGAAAACUGAAAGAAAACCAUCCGAUGAAGAGUUUGUUAUUCGAAAAAGUACUGCUGCACUAGAGGAAGAUGCUCAGAUCCUGAAAGUGAUUGAAGCAUACUGUACCGGGGCAGGCUUCCAGCAAGCUCUCAGCUCAGGCUCCCGUAAAGACUCCAUCCCCCAAGUCCUCCUUCCUGAGGAAGAGAAAAUCAUCAUAGAGGAAACACGAAGCAACGGCCAGACCGUCACGGAGGAAAAAAGCCUUGUUGACACAGUUUAUGCACUGAAAGAUGAAGUCAAAGAACUGAAGCAGGAGAACAAAAGGAUGAAGCAGUGUUUGGAGGAAGAGCUUAAAUCCAGGAAGGACUUGGAGAAGCUGGUUAGAAGGCUGCUGAAGCAGACAGACGAGUGUGGCCGGGAGGACACAGGGCGCAAGUCGUCCCUCAUCGCCUGAAUUCGGGGAGAAGCUGCUGGCAGUGGUGGUGUGACCUCAGGUGUUUUUUGGGAAGCAGAACUGGAUCCUUUGCCUCUUCUUGCUCCUUGUUUUGUUCGUUUGGGGAAUUUUGUUACCAAAAAAAAAAGUCAUAGAUUAAAAACAAGAGAAUGUUUUUCCUUCCAUCCAAUAAGGAAAUAAAGCAGAAGCAACGGCUCACGGCUGGAGCACAAGCGGACGAUCCAUCAUUCACAACUCAUCUGCAGCAACUGAUACCUCACCGUACCUGCUACUGGGAGCAAAGACAGGCGCUGCUGGCGACGGCCGCUCGCGGAGGGCUGGGCAGCGGUUUCCUAGAGGAAGCUCUGAAGCACUUUGGGAUGCUUUCAUUCUUUUCAAAAGCACCGGUACCUAUUUAUUGAAUGAAAACGUUCCUGAGGCGGCACUGAGCAGAAACCAAAAAGCACCACGCUCCCCUGGUCAGAUAGUCACAACUGGGGAAGCUUCUCCCAUCCACCUGCUUGUUCCCCGUUAGUGGACUGUAGCGAACUAGAGCCCAGCAAUACUGUGGUUCCCGUGUGGCCUUGAUACUGAUUAAAAUGUGCAAUUAACAUGAGGACACUCGAACUCCUUGGGGAAGUCAGUUCUGGAGCACCUGUCAGAGCGCAUGGGAAGGUAUGUUGCACAGUACUGCCUCCUGACAGCUCGUCAUCAGCACAACAGGUAACUGCUGUUCUGCCCCACGUCCCUUUUCUUAUGCAUGACCUGUAACUCCUGCCCUCGGCUUUGUUUUCACGUCGAGUCUCCCGGAAUCGUAUGAGUUUAUAGUUUAGCUGUGCUUCCCCUCGCAGCACACGCUUUUCUCUGUAUGAAAUGUAAACACUGCUUGACAACAACCAACAGCCCCCAAGUGUGCUGGUUCCUUUCUCCCUCCUGCUCACGUUGGGCUCUCCGUCGCCCCUUCCCAAGAGCUGGGAAUGAAGCCAACGGCCACUUCUCCCCAAAGGGGCUUUCAGCUAGGGGAAAAGGAACUUUCUCUUGGGAGAGAAGGAUGUUUGAUGUUUAUGCUUUGACCAGAGCUGAAAUGCUCCUGGGGCAAGGACAUGCAACACCCGUCAGAUCCCUGCACAGCUCCUCAAACACAGCACACAGGCAACAUGCAUAUGUAUCAGCUAUCUUCAUCUUAGUUGGUGUUACACCCUAGGUUAGAACUGCUGUUUUCCUUCCUUAGCAGCAUUAUAAAGAUAACCUUCUGUUAAAUGAUGUGUCUUACGUCCAUUCCAGGGCAGCCUGGUCCCAGGGUGUGCAGACACACCGCAGCUCGUUACAGUCAUACCAUUGUUGGUCAUGAAGGACAUCAUAGAGGCAAUAAUUACAACUCCCUUCUUGCAAUUAAAGUUUAGCCAGAACAUGGCAAACACUGUUUGGGGAAAGCUAGACUCCAAAACAUCACAAGGAGUGUAAGAAAAAAACCCUCUUGAAAUCUAAGCUGUUUCUAGGACAAAACAGAGGUCUUUUUUUUUGCUCUGGCUGCAUUUGCCAGCUCCAGAGCAUCCCAGCUGGAUGGCAGCCCCCCACCUACCCUCCCAGGCACGCAGCUGGGUGGGUUAGGCGGCAGUCAGGUCCUACAGUGCUGGUUAAUCAUUUUCCAGGAUCAGGACCUUGGGUGCACACGUGCCCAGACACCCCAGCACAGACUGGCCCUUGGGCACCGGGCCCAUGACCUCCAGCCUGUGCCAGGAAGCAAACCCAGAGCCAUUCACCCCAGCACGAGGGUAGAAAUGUUUUCUGUCUGCCCCCAGUUCAGUUGGAAGCCACGCUGUGUACAUAUGCAUGUCUGUAAGAUGUCAUGUGAUGGAGAGCACACUGGGACAUUGUGGAUCAAGCAUUUGUCAAGAGCUAGAAGCCAAAAAAGACAAGAAAAUAAAAGGAACAGAAGCCAUGCCGGAUGGACAGCAAUGUUUCAUAUUUACUUUGUUUACAGUGCUUUGUAAAUAGGUUCCAGUGGGUCUGUCUUUAGAUGGAUGUUGUGUCAGCUGCCUUCCAGCUUAUCUUUGUCAUGUAGGUUUAUUUACUGUAACUACUUAUGCAAGUUCAACUUUUCUAACAUGUUUUUAUUUUGAACAGUUUUUUAAUUGACAUUUUCCACAAAUAAAAAAGGAUAAAAAUCA